AUGUCUCGUGCUGGUCAAAUCACGGAUGUCUCUCCCUUGGGUCGCCCUCUAAAGUUUUCAUUUUCGGGUCGCACUGCCCCUAAUCGAUUCUUGAAAGGAGCUAUGAGCGAACGACUGGCAUCCUGGUCACAGGAUGACCUCUCCGCUCGCGGAAUCCCUUCUGAUGAACUCGUGCAAGCCUACACUGUUUGGGGUCAAGGUCAAAUCGGAGUUAUCUUAACAGGUAACGUUAUGAUUGACCCCGAGCAACUGGAAACAGAGGGAAAUCUUAUCAUCCCAACAAACGCCCCGUUCUCUGGAGAGCGCUUCGAACAAUAUCGCCGAUUGGCAGCUGGAGCUACGGCCAAUGGGUCACUUAUCAUGGCCCAAGUCAGCCAUCCGGGCCGGCAAACCCCCUACCACUUGCAACCACACCCAAUCAGUGCUAGUGAUGUCCAGCUUGGCGGCGAGGUUCUCGGUAAUACAUAUGGUGUGCCGAGAGCUGCAACAGAAGAGGAUAUCGAGGGCGUCAUUGACGGCUUCGUCCACGCGGCCGAGUACCUAGAUCGAGCUGGCUAUGAUGGUAUCCAGCUCCAUGCCGCUCAUGGUUAUCUGCUUAGCCAAUUCCUAUCUGAGACGACGAACUUCCGAAAGGAUAAAUACGGAGGUAGCCUCACCAACCGCAUGCGUAUCAUCCUCGAGAUUCGUGAGGCAAUUGCGAGGAGAGUGCGCCCGGACUUCAGCAUCGGAAUCAAGGUCAAUAGUGUGGAAUUCCAACCUAACGGGUUCCAGCCCGAAGAAGCCCGCGAGUUGUGUCAAACUCUGGAGAAACAUGAAUUCGACUUUGUUGAACUCUCUGGGGGUACUUAUGAAAAUUGGAAGAUGAAUGAUGAAGCUAAGCGGGAUUCAACAAAAAAGCGCGAGGCAUUUUUCCUUGACUUCGCGCAAAUGAUUGUUUCAUCGCUCACCAAGACCAAGUCAUACUUGACUGGAGGUUUCCGUUCAGCCGAGGGAAUGGUCAAAGCUCGAGAGUUACUGGAUGGUGUAGGCCUUGCCCGUCCGCUAUGCCAGGAGCCAUUCCUCUGUAGGGAUAUUUUGAGCGGCAAGGUUCCUGGGGCGCUGGUACCCCUCAUCAACCAGUAUGACUUUGGACUUGCUGCAGUUGCUGCGUGUAUUCAGAUACGUCAGAUGGGAAACAAUUAUGCUCCUAUUGAUCUGAGCAACCAAAAUUGGGCAGACGCGGUGACCGCGGCGGUUGCCCAAUGGGCGGAGCGAAAGCAGACGGAUCGCUCAGAAGCUGCUGUUCAGCCUCCGGUAAUUGCUGGGUAUAGUGUUCCUUUAACACGGGCAGCAUAG